GUGGGUUCCGAGUGGGAGGGGGGAGCUCAGGGCAGCACUCCCUGCCCGACACAGCAAUUGUUCUUGUCCAUGUCGCUCAUAGCAGCACUUGGUUAAACAGAUCCACGCGCUCUUCUUCUGCUCUAAUGAGUUUUCUUUAGUCAGACAACGUGUCCCAAGGGUAGCAGCACUACCCAGCCUCAGGAGGUGAGGGUGGGUGAGUGCAAAAGAAAUCUUAGAGCAUGAUGGAGAAGAAGGAGCAAAUCCAUGGCUCAGGAAGAUCUGGACCGUGGCAGAGCCAGAGCAUAAACAAAGCUGAAAGGCAAAGAAAGAGGCUCCAGAGGGCACUGAUGUGCAGCACCUUUGGGAGUUCCCUUUGUUUCCCCUGGAAUCAGGGAAAGCAUUGCAGACUGAGGAUUUUCACUUGUUCCAGGAGGCCAACAAAAUGAAAAAGAGCAUGUUGUGGCAAUGUCAGAGCUCCUGCAAGAUUGCCGCUAUGGCACAAGACACAGCAACGACCACUUUAUUCCUCCAGGUGUGGAUGGUGAAGGACGUGCAAACGCCGAGCAAGUUAAAGAUGCACAGAAGUUGUACCUGGAACUUGCCGCAUCUGUCCCGGUUUCCCUAUUGCUAGUGAUGAUUCUGUGCUGUCUUCUUUUCUGGUGGUGCAGGAAGAGAAAGCAGCGCCUGGCUGCAGCUGAUGAAGCACAGGACAAUAGCAGCAGCUCCAGCUUGCAGUCAGACGAACAGUCUGCUGACGUCAAGCGGCCCGACAGGCAGAGCCAUCGCCAACCACCUGUGCAGGAACAACCUGCCUGCCUGCCACAGGGCAGCACCAGAGUGGCCCCUGCCAGGCUGGACAGCCGCCGGGCUCAGCUACCCCCGCCUCGGCCCCCGCGGCCCACCGGCCUGGGCUCCGCAUCCCAGGGGAUGAGCGACAGGCCCAGCGGCCCCCGGGCCCAGCGGGCAUCGACGCCGCCCCCCCGUCCCCCACCACCAUCCUUCAGGGGAUGGGAGCAGUCCCCUCAGCAUGUCGGCUCAGGGGCAUCGUCCGGCACCCGGACAGCCGCUGCCUCAGGGAAGCCUGAGAGACCUGGCAGCCCCCAGCCCCCCCCAGCCCCACCUCUGCCCUCCCCCUCCUCUCCACCAUCCUUUAGGAGGUGGGAGCAGCCCCCCCAGGGUGGCAGCUCGGGGGCAUCAUCAGACACCUGGAAAACCGCUGCCACGGGGAAACAGUCCAGGUCCAGCAGCCCCCAGCUCCCCCCAGCACCACCUCUGCCCUCCCCACCCCCUCCACCAUCUGUCAGAGGGUGGCAGAAAUCCCCACAGAGUGCAGACUCGGGGAAACUGUCCCACAGGACAGCCGCUGCCUGGGGGAAGAGUGACCGGCCCGGCAGCCCCCCACCUCCCCAGGCACGGUCACCACCUUCCCGUUCCCCUCCACGAUCCUUCAGGGGACGGGAAUUGCCUCCUCAGGCACCCCCACUGCCCUCUUCCUCCCCUCCACCAUCUGUCAAAGGACGGCAGUGGCUGCCCCAGCAUGACAGGCCUGGCCGCCCCGGGUCCCCCCAGGCCUCCCCGCUGCCCUCCCCCUCCUCUAGGAGGUGGGAGCGGCCCCCCUAUGGUCUUGGCCUGCAGAAAUUGUCUGACAGACCAACAGCUGCUGCCUGGGGGAAGCGUGAGCGGUCCCCCCAGUAG